GCUCGGCCGCUCUCGGCUAUUUUCGUUGUUGCUGGCUUUUUCAGGGGCUGCUCGCUCGCAGCCAGAGAAGCUGCUUUUUUUUCCGGGUUCGGAGCCGUUCCGGAUGCUUUAGGCUGCCGGAUGUCUGAUCUCCGAAUAACUGAGGCGUUUCUGUACAUGGAUUAUCUGUGUUUUAGAGCACUUUGCUGCAAGGGACCACCACCUGCACGACCUGAGUAUGACCUGGUUUGCAUAGGCCUCACAGGUUCUGGCAAGACCAGUCUGUUGUCAAAGCUCUGCAGUGAAAGUCCCGAGAACGUCGUGUCGACCACAGGUUUCAGUAUAAAAGCAGUGCCCUUCCAGAAUGCCAUCUUGAAUGUAAAGGAACUUGGAGGGGCUGAUAAUAUCCGGAAAUAUUGGAGCCGCUACUACCAAGGAUCUCAAGGGGUAAUAUUUGUAUUAGACAGUGCCUCUUCAGAAGAUGAUUUAGAAACUGCUAGGAAUGAACUGCACUCAGCUCUCCAGCACCCACAGUUAUGCACUUUACCCUUUUUAAUAUUGGCCAAUCAUCAAGACAAGCCAGCUGCUCGAUCAGUCCAAGAGGUCAAAAAAUAUUUUGAACUUGAACCACUUGCACGUGGAAAACGCUGGAUUCUGCAGCCCUGCUCUCUGGAUGACAUGGAUGCACUAAAAGACAGCUUCUCUCAGCUGAUAAAUUUGUUAGAAGAAAAAGACCAUGAAGCUGUAAGAAUGUGAAAUCUGGCAAAGAACACGGGUUCCCAAAGGCCUUGAACCUAUCGUGUAGGAAACUCUGCAAGAGAUCAGGCAGGUCGAAAGGUACAAGUGGUGAGAUUUUACAACCAGUGAAGUUACAGAAUGGCUACAACAGCAACUGGGAAGCCUGUCCUCACCUGGUCAUGGAGCCCUUCUAGACCAGGUAAUCUCUGUGUUUACAGAGACCUCCAUAGUCUCUGUCUUUUGUCAUUCAGCUGGUCAUUCAUUUAUAUAUUCACUCAAACAUUAAAUGUAGAUUAUGUGCAAGGCAUUGAGCUACAUGUACAGAGAAAGUUAAAAACCAAUUAAAAAUAUAACCUGAUAAAUCACUCAAGACUACAUACUUGUUAUUUAAUUUUAUGUUUAUUUCUAAAGAAGUCGCUCAUUCUUUCUAGUACUUUCUGUGUCAUCAUUAGCUUAAAAAUCACACAAAGGCAGUGCUGUGUCUUCUGUUGCCUUUUUAAAUCUUUACAGCACUUAAUACAGGAUAUUUCAUGAAUAUUGCUGACUGGCUAACAACUUCAAGUAGGAGACGUGGGUUUCAAGCCUAGCACAUUUUUUUCGUAAGGCUGGGAGUGCAUAAAGAUGAGCUUUGUCACGAAUGAUUGUAAAAGUGAUACACGUUCAUCGUGGAAAAUGCAAAGAUUAUUUAAAGGAGAAAAUAGAAAAUAACUAAUCCCCAAAAGAAUCACAUUAAUUGUGAUGUCUGUCCUUUUCAUCUCUUUUCAUAUGUAAUGUUACAAAACUGGGGUCAUACUAUGCCUACUGGUUUAGGACAUGCUUUUGUUAUUACUAAUAUAUUAGGAGCAUUUUUCCAUGUCAUUGGAUAUCUUCCUAAAACAUUUUUAAUGGCUUCCCAGCACUUAUCUAACUCAUUCCCUGUUGUUUAUUUGGAUUUCUGUUUUAAAUGUCUCCGUAGGGGUGCCUGGGUGGCUCAGUUGGUUAAGCAUCCAACUCUUGAUAUCCGCUCGGGUCUUGCAUGAUCUCACAGUUCAUGAGAUCAAGCUCCAUGUCAGGCUCCGUGCUGACAGCAUGGAGCCCACUUGGGUUUCUCUCUCUGCCUCUCUGUCUCUCAAAUAAUAAAAAUAAACUUGCAGAAAAUAAAUGUCUUCAUAGAAGAAUAUUUAUGCACAUUUCUUGAUGAUUUCCAUAGAAUGAAUACAUACAAUUACAGGUUUUGAAGUGGAAUUACAGGGUCAAAAGGCAUAAGCGCUUUUUAAGGUUUUUAAAACAUGUUCAACAAUUGCCCUCCCAAGCUGUACCAAUUUACAACUCCCACCAGUGACCAGAGGCCAAUUCCUAUGAGCCCAGUACCUUGUGGACCUGGGCAAUUGAAUGACUUUAUCCUGAUUUAAUAUUAGAAAAUAAAAUCUUGGGGCGCCUGGGUGGCUCAGCCGGUUAAGCGGCCGACUUCGGCUCAGGUCAUGAUCUCGCGGUCCGUGAGUUUGAGCCCCACGUCCGGCUCUGUGCUGACAGCUCAGAGCCUGGAGCCUGUUUCAGAUUCUGUGUCUCCCUCUCUCUGACCCUCCCCCCUUCAUGCUCUGUCUCUCUCUGUCUCAAAAAUAAAAUAAAACGUUAAAAAAAAUUUUUUUUAAAGAAAAAAUAAAUAAAAUCUUAUUUAAUUUGCCUUUGUGGUAACUUGAUCUUAGCUAGACUUUAAACAAAGAGAACAGCUUUGGUCAGUCACCUUCUGGAGAAGUGACCAUGUUUAAUUCUGUAUGCUGAAUUGCUUAACUCAAACACUUCCCAUUUGCUCCUUACAUGAUGUUGACCACAGGGUAGAUACACAACAUCCAUUGCACAGUUGACCCUUGAACAACCCAGAGGUUAGUGGUACCAACCGCUUCACAGUCGAAACUUCGAAACUUCAUGUUCAACUUUUGAGUCCCCCAAAAAUGUAACUAUUAAUAGCCUAGCAUUGGCCGGAAGCCUUACCCAUAACAUAAGCUUUUGUAUGUUACAUGUAUUGUAUUUUGUAUGUUAUAUGUAUUACAAACUAUCCUUACAAUAGAGAAAGCUUGAGAAAUUUGUAUAUGUAAUAUAAACUGUAUUCUUAAAGUAAGCUAGAGAAAAAAAUGUUAUUAAAAUCAUAAGGGGUGCCUGGGUGGCUCAGCUGGUUAAGUACCUGACUUUUGAUUUUGGCUCAGUUCAUGCCUCACGGUUCAUGAUCUAGAGCCCUGCAUCUGAUAGUGUGGAGCCUGCUUGAGAUUCUCUCUCUUCCUCUCUCUCUGCCCCUCCCUCACUCACUCAAGUGCUCACUCUCAAACUAUAAAGAAGAAAAAUACAUUUACAGUAUUGUACAGUAUCAUACAUGUAAAAUCCAUGUAUCAGUGGACCCUCACAGUUCAAGUUCAUGUGGUCCAAGGGUCAACCAUAUAUGUUUUUGUGGAGAGGAAAGAUUUAUAAGUAAACACCAUGCACUUGUGAUGAGUCCACUGUAUAGACAGUAAUUAUGGAAGGAGGGGAGGAAGAAAAGACAUAGUUGAGGCACAAAGGAGGCAAGGAUUAUAUGUGCUACUCUCUUGCCCAGAAAGAAUGAAAAUACAAAUGGAAAGGUAAGUUGAGGUCAGAUUGGGGAGAGCCUUGAAUGCCAAGAUAAAGAACUUGGAUGAAACGUAGUGGUCAGUGGGGAGCCAAUGAAUAUUUUUAAGAAGAGUAGUAUAAUCAAAACGGUUAUUUACGAAAAGUAACCUGGGACGGGGCUGGGUGGGAAGAGGGGAGCUCUAGGGUG